AAAGCUAACAUCCACCCCCCACCUAGCAGGAACGCCAGCGGACAAAUCCAAUGCAGACUACGUCAGAGAUGAAUGGAUCAAGUAUGGUCUGGAACCGGUCCGACAAAAUGCAUACAAUGUUCUACUUUCCUACCCCAGUAAAGAGAUCCCAACUAUGUAUCAGUGCUUAACAGUGACAACACCCAGUUCUUUCAAUCACAAGCUGAAGAGGCCUCCAUUAGAUGUUGGGACCCUCAGCAAUGAUACCGUGCGACCUUUCAAUGCUUAUGCUGCCAAUGGUACAGUACAGGGAGAUCUUGUGUACGUUAAUUACGGGCGAGUGGAAGAUUUUCAGUUAUUGGAGGGCAGCCUCAACAUGAAUGUGACUGGGAAGAUUGCAGUGGCCCGGUAUGGAAGAUCUUCCGAGGGGACAAGGCUAAGCAAGCUGAAGCACUUUGGUGCCAUAGGCUUGAUACUCUACUCUGAUCCUGCCGACUAUGCUGUUGAUGGCAUCUCUAGUGUCUACCCAGAUUCGUGGUGGUUACCGGGCUCAGGGUCCAGCGGGGGUCUCUGUAUAUUCAACAAGGCGUCGGGGGUGACCCCCUGA